AUGGAGAAGAAGAAGCCUGUUUUGCCGUACCAAGAUGAUACGCGAAGUAUCGAUGAUCGAGUGGCCGACCUCAUCUCACGCAUGAAACUCGAUGAAAAAGCAGGCCAACUGUUCCACAACGUGAUCGUCCUGCUUGAGGGAAAACUCUUCUCACAUUUCAACCUGAUCGGCUCCAUUCAUGAUCCCAAGCUAGCAGCACGUAUUGAACAACACUCGAUUAGACGCCCCAAUCUCACUUUCCACAAAGCCCCAAAUCAAUUCGUCGAGAAUGUAGGCACCGUUUUCAAUCCCAGGUGCCUGAGCCAAUGGCCUGAGCCUCUUGAACUUGUUGCACUGAGAGAUCCUGCGUUGGUACAGAGAUUCGCAGAUUGUGCCAGACAGGAGUAUUUAGCUCUCGGUAUCCGUGUUACACUCUACCCGCGAGUCGAUCUUGCGACCGAGUACCGGUGGGCACGCGUCAAUGCCACGUUCGGCGAAGAUGCAGACUUGGCUGGGGACUACGUGGAAGCCUAUACCAGAGGAUUCCAGGGUCCCAGUGCAAAUAUAAUCGACCACACAUCUGUUUCUACCAUGACAAUACAAGCACUUUAA